CAGAUAGCCACCAACACCUGGCCUGGCCUCUCUGCCGUCACUCCACCCGAGCCCAUCCAAUCCCCCGCCGCGCGCGUCCGGCACAGCCGUAACGCGCGUCACAAGACCCAAAAGAUCGCACCAGAAGCUUCAACACGGAAAAACAGGCCAAAAGUAACACGGCGCCACCGCUACGCAAUCACCGUCCAUUCUCCGGUACCGUACUCCUCCACCCUGCCCCGACCCAGCGGCCGCGGCCACGCGAGGGAGGCCACGCUGCUCCUCUUUAAUUCCCUUCCGCUUUUAAAUGCCGCCGCGGCCCACGCCGGUGCCAAUCCCGCGCACGCGCCCACCCCCGCUGAUGGCGGCUUCGGCGAAGAGGCCGUCCGCGUCGGCGCUGGCAGCCCUUCUGGCCGCCCGCCGCGGGCGCGCGCGCCUCGUCGCGCCGCUCUGCUUCUUCUUGCUCCUCCUGUUGGUGUUCCUCCGCACCCACCCCUCCGCGGCGCCGCCCACCUCGCUGCCGCCCUCCGCGGGGCCUGGGAAGGUGGCCUUCCUCUUCCUCGCCCGCGCCGGCCUGCCGCUCGAUUUCCUGUGGGACGCCUUCUUCCGCAACGGCGACGAGGGGAAGUUCUCGGUGUACGUGCACUCGUCCCCGGGCUUCGUCUUCGACCGCACCACCACCGGAUCGCCCUACUUCUACGGGCGUCAACUCGCCAAGAGCGUAAAGGUGGAUUGGGGCGAACCAACAAUGGUCGAGGCGGAGAAGAUGUUGUUCGCCGCUGCGCUUGAGGAUCCAGCGAACCAGCGAUUCGUUUUACUCUCUGAUAGUUGUGGUCCUCUGUACAAUUUCAGCCACACAUAUACUUACUUGAUGGCUUCACCUAAAAGUGUUGUAGACAGUUUCACCGACAAGGCAGACAUGCGAUAUAAUCCAAGCAUGUCACCCGUCAUUCCAAAGGAUAAAUGGAGGAAAGGAUCCCAGUGGGUAAUGUUAAUCAGAAAGCACGCCGAAGUUGUUGUUGGCGACAAGCAUGUCUUCCAAUUAUUCAGAAAGCAUUGUAAGAUGGUAGUGACCAAGGCUUUGCUUGGGCGCAGGCUUAAUGCUAGACGAUUAGGAUUUGUAUUUCGGCGAAAGCAGGUAGCGAAAGGUGCUGACGAAAAGGAGCAUGAUUGUAUUCCGGAUGAACACUAUGUGCAGACAUUAUUUUCCAUCAAAGGACUUGAAAAUGAACUUGAAAGAAGAACUUUAACCUAUACAUCAUGGAACCAGUCAUCUUUGGAUCCAAAAGAUAAGACGACUUGGCAUCCGAUGACAUUUGAGUAUGACACAGCAAGUCCUGAGCAUAUCAAUGCUAUAAAGAGUAUCGACCAUGUCAACUAUGAGGUGGAACACAGGACUGAGUGGUGCCAAUGUAAUGGUACAUCCGUUCCGUGUUUUUUAUUUGCCAGAAAGUUCUCUUACAGCGCAGCGAUGCAUAUAUUGGAGGAUGGUGCAAUUGGUCUACUAAAAUCUGCUCAACUAUUGGUUAACUUUUAACAAAAGGAAAACAACUUCACAUUUUUCGUGUGGCCGGGUACAGUUCGUAGUUUGUAGACAGUGCCAGCCUCGUUGGUUGCAGCAGCAUUUGCAGCUGAAGCUACUGAACGAUGAAGUAGUAUCUUAGUGUAUCUACAAAUUAGGUUGUGUAUAAAUCGUUGGGGCAGAGUAGGUUAUUGUAGAGAGCUUCAUUGUUGAAGUUUGGUCACUGUAUCAGAGAUUCAGAAUGCAAUAUCCAACUGACAGAUCAGUGUCGGCUACUCCAUCAAAAUAAUGAAGCAUGCACGACUCUUCUGGUAGUGAUGUUACUAUCAGAGUAGGAAAGCUGUAACAGUUACUUUAUCCUAUAUGUACACAUUGAAUAGCAGAAAAGAAUCACAGUUUUUUAUCCAACUCUUUCACAUUGUUGGGAUAUGAUAAAA